AGCAUUUAAUCUAUUAUUCUCAUAUAAGUUCUUCCAUCUAUUUAGUUUUCUGAAUGUUUUAAUGUAUUUCAAGCAUCAAAGCAAAGAUGCUUUUGUUUACAUGUACAUAUGAAGGCAUUCAUGAUUAACAUGCACAUAGUGGAAAUGGAAAAAAAUUCUAUAACGUUGGAAGCAAUAAAUCUUGAGGACAUCCGGUUAUUAGUGAAUAUUGGUAAAGGAUCCUUUGGUGUUGUCUACAAAGCCCUCUGGAAAGACCAGGAAGUAGCAAUAAAAAAAGUGGAGUCUGAGUCAGAGGUUACUGCCCUGCACAAUGAGAUCCAUCAACUGUCCCGCACCUGCCAUGAGAACAUCAUAAAGGUGCUCGGAGCGUACACGGAAGGCCCUUCUCACCUACUCGUCAUGGAGUAUGCCGAUGGUGGCUCACUGUUCCAGCUGCUUCACAACCCUCCUUAUCCUCCCUACACCCUGGCCCAUGCCCUCUCAUGGCUCCUGCAGUGUGCCAGAGCUGUAGCUUAUCUACAUGCCAUUGAACCUGGACCCAUCAUUCAUAGAGAUUUGAAGCCUCCAAACCUUUUACUGAGUGAUGGAUGUCGCCUGCUCAAAGUGUGUGACUUUGGCACAGCGUGUCAACAACACACCGUCAUGACGGACAACACCGGCAGUGCUGCAUGGAUGGCACCCGAGGUUUUUGAGGCCAAGAGUUACUCGGAGAAGUGCGACGUGUACAGCUGGGGCAUCAUCCUGUGGGAGGUGUUGACGCGGAGAAUACCCUUCAUGGAGCUGGGGCAGGCCUGCCGCAUCAUGUGGGCCGUACACACCAACCGACGGCCGCCUCUCAUUGUGGGCUGCCCCAAGCUUCUUGAAACUCUCAUGAAGAGGUGCUGGGAUCAGGCGGAGAGCAAACGACCCAGCAUGGAAGAAGUCGUUGAGACGGUGCCUCUCAUAUCGCGUUUCCUGAAGGGGGCUGAUGAGCCCAUUCAGUUCCCUUCCCCCACAGACACAGGUUCGUCAUACAACCCGACAACUGGCGAGACGAGCCCUGCGCGGUCAGGCAGCCAGGAGCUGUGCGAGGUACCGUGCACGCUAUCAUCGAGCACAUUUGUGCCUCCUGAGCAUUACAACCACUCGCCUCUGCCGCACUCGUUAGCUGGCCCGCCUUCAGAACCACCUUCCGUCCAGACCAGCGACCAGGGCACAUAUCUCGAUAGAUACUGGGAGUUUGCUGAAAAUCAGCAGGCAUGGGCUUCGAAGGAAUUCACUGAUGCGGACAGUGAAGCCUCUCGCUGUGCUCGCCGUCAGCAGCUUCUUGAUGGCUUAAGUCGCUUCCCUCCUCCUCCCCCUGGUCAUCCGUCCUGCGCCACUCCCAUCAGCCCUAACGCUACCGCCAACAUCGUCGUAUCCCCGGAGAAUUUGAUCUCUCCUUGCAGUACCCUAAGGAGCGAAGAGUGUCCUGAACCCUACCAACUCUCCCUGUCGGGACACGGGGAGUUUUAUCCUUUACCUCAACUGCCUAGAAGUAGACAAGUUUUUGUAGGCCAGUGUUCCCCACACUGGGCCCCGACCGCCGGGUUACAGGCUCUUCAACAGCAGGGAAUUAAAAUUUCCCCAAGAAGAUCCCCGUUGCCUUUGAACGUUGGAGUAGAGCACGAGGUAGAGGAUGUGGCUACCUCGGUAUCGUAUGAUGUGAUGCCAACAACGUGUUGUGUUUCUUGUGCUUCCUCGUCUGUGGUGACAGUGACCAGUGCUGGCGUCGUCACCACCUCCGUCGUGACUCCUUCUACUGCCUUCGUCUCGUCUGUGUCGUCACAGCAGCAGCAGCCUACGAGUUCUAACAUGCGCACCACUACCGUGCAACUGCGACCUAAGCGACCAGGUUACCUCAACCCUAAAGACAACGAGUCUUCCUCAUCUUCGUUAAGAAGACGCUCGGCUGAAGUCUCUGCCAUGCAGCAUCAUCCUGCUAAUCAGCCUGGCCACCGUCGGUCGAACUCCUCCGGGACGCUGUCGAGCCUGGUCUCGGGGGCGCUGUCGCCCCCUGCAGCCGCCGGCGGGGGCCCACUUGCUCCACUGCCAGACUCGAGUAAACUCCCUUCCUCGGUCCCCGUAAACCCACCGAGUAAUGCCAGACACGAAUUACUGCAAGAUACUCGUGAGCACCCGCGUGUUAUGUGCCCACAGUCGACAACCCUAGCUGACACUAAACCACACGCAUCAACACGCUCACCUACACUCACUGACAAAAAACCAUUCAUAUCAGCACGAUCACCCACACUCGUUGACACAAAACCAUUCAUAGCAGCACGGUCACCCACACUCGCUGACACAAAAAGACUCUCAUCAGCACCCGUGUCACCCUUAGUCUCACCCUCGCGCUGCACGACGCCUCUUGUUGGCAGUCCUACAGCGCAGGCAGUUGCAUCUAAUCAUCAUUUCCAGCAACAGAAAUACCACCAACACCACCACCACCUAAGCCCUAUAGUAUGUAGUUAUCCUCAGAUCCCUGCUGGUAGCCCAACUCACCCCGAUACUAGCUUUAACCCGUAUAGUACUGAUAGUAGUGCAGUAGAAAAUAACGAACCUCCUCACGACGGUUGCAAGCUUAACUUUAACAUAGAACCGCGUGAUCCUCCUAACCACGAAAUAACCGAAGGCGAUGCUGCUGCUCCCGUAACGUUAAGUAAUUUUGAUAAUUCUAACUGUGUUGACUCCGUGCCUCCGUGUUCUGCUCUAUAUUUACCAGUCUCGCCGCCCGUCUCGAACUGUCAGGAACAUUUGAGUUCACCAGACAGUGACAGCGAUAGUUCCUCUGAUAUGGCCCACGCUAUAUCCCAUGAAAUUAGCAGCGAUGGAAUCAUCACUAUAGGCGCUAUCCCUUGCCUCGGCUACAUAACAGAAACUUUGACCUCUUCCCACUCCACUUCUCCGAGUUUUGUGUCUUUCCCUGAGGGGCAGAGCGCUUCUUCCUCCACCGCGGUGCCUCCUUGUAGUUCAAUGGAUUCGUUGACGAACACCGAAAAGCCAGAGAACAGAAGCAGCUUGCUACUCAGACGAGCGUCUGUCAAAGAAGUUCAGUGGGAGUGUGCUUCCGUCUACCCGUAUAUCUCAAAAAGCGGCUCAAAUGUUUCCUUAGCUGUUGGUGAUCCAAGGGGAUCACUGUCCAAUUGCGCCUCCUCACUGCCUCCUGAUGCCUUCGGCAGUUCACCGAAAAGCCACACGAUUUCCCGUCCAUUCUGUCUUAGUGAUGUCGAAUCCCGUCUAGCCCGACGACCCGAGCAAAGCAUUCACUCUCAGGUGCCGCUCAGUCGCUUGCACAGCGGCGUCAGAAGCGGACGUGUCUCUGGUCCUCGUGGUCCUUUGCUUUUCACGCCCAUCAAAGAGACCGUAGCAGCCACCAUCGAUCUACCAAUUCUUAGGAAACUGGACUCUGUUCCAGAGCCACUCAAGCGGCACUCAUCUGAGUACGAUGAAGCAUACAUCACGACUCCAAUCACUGAUGCAUUGGAGAACUUAUCUUUCCCUGCACCCAAGCAUGCUCAAAUUAACGAAGAACCUGAGGAGCGCAUCUGUGGGUAUCUUUCCGAAGACUUUGAGGAAGUAAAAAGAAUUGCUGAAACCUUCGACUCGCUCGCUAUUUCAAAGCCGUUGCCUGAGGGUACGAGUGAGAAAAACUUGAAGUCUUUGGAGGAAAUAUCGACUGAGCGAGAGUUCAGUGGGCAUAAAAUUGCCAAUAGGUCUAAAAAGCAAAGUUUACGCCCUGUUCAGUCUGACCGAAAGAGCUCUCUCACUGGCAUUGCAGUUGUUAAAGGUCGUUGUGAGAUCGAAAAGGCUUUACCGAAAUUCCCGCCUCAACCGCGGUUUACCAAACCAUCCGCCGCCGCUCGCUUGUAUCUUGAGCGCUCUGCACAAAAUGCCAGCAAGCUCAUGUCGCAGGCUACUGCCAAACCUUUGGUUUCCGAUAUUUCGUGUGCAUCUGCUAUGCAAGCUAAUAUUAAGUUAAGAUCUUCAAUUCAGGAACGCGACAUGACUGCCCAAUCUGUCGUUUUGGUAGAGCCUACUGUAUCUAAUACAACUGAUGUAAGUGAGCUUCAGGCUGCUGCUGCUGCUGCUCAGAAUACUUCAGCCGCUACUACGCAAGCUAACCAAAAUGAACGUAAUGUCGAUACAAAACUAAGCCGACUAACCGUUACAACUAAGUCUGUUUCUCACGCUUUUUCACCGAAGUUGGCUUCACAUGUUGUUUGUACUCAGUCUAACCAAUCUGCCGGCGCUGUUACGUCUAACGCUUCAAUCAAUCCAUCAUCUCUCACUGCCAUGCCACUGUCUUGUACCAACGCGACACAUACGCCCAUAACCUCAUACACUCAAUUGAAGACCUCGGUUCAUCCGUCCACGACUCCAAAUCAACCAAGGCCUGCACAUUACAUUUUGAAGCAUUCCCAAGUUGACAGUGUUGAUUCCGAUGCGAUGGAAGAGCAUCUGCCCAUUGUUGUGGCGAGGUCCAGAGCCCAUGUGGAUACGAGGCAACAUCACUCCAUUGAAGCUCCUAGAAAAUUAUUGGCCACUUCUUCUGAAUCGGACGCAUCCGAAAAAAAUAGAAAUGAACGAAGGAUCAGACCAGGUGCUCCUUUAAAGCGGAAGGUUAGGAAACGCGCGGUCUCUUCCAGUGAUGAAACGAAUCAAUCGAUUUUUCCGGAUACCUGCGAUUCAGAUUCAACAUUUUUCAGAGGCAACUCCUUCAGUGACAGCGAAGAUAAUCGAGCAGAGAUAGAUGAUGACUCAAUGGCUGUUUUGAAAGCAUCCGCUGCUACCUCUGCCUUGAGAAGGAGGUAUCCCGGCAGAACGAAGUAUCGCGCUGCCCAAAUAUCAAGUGUGGACAAACCAUCUCAGUGCAUGGUUCCUCCAGCUGUAUCCAAAAGCUCCCCUACUUCUCCCUUAGCCGAUCCGCGCACGAACUAUCGUGAAGAUAAACGUAACGUGAGUGAUAGUUUGUAUCAGCGCAAAGACGAGUUCAAGAAAGCCAGCUCGCAGAGACCGAUUUCUUUGGGCGUAGUAUCAAUGCCAAUAAGCCCAGGUGUUGUGUGCUCUGGUAAACGAUCGAGGCCAGCGUCGUUAAACAUUGUAACUGCAUCUCAGGUAACGGCAUCGGAAAUGUCGGCGCUCACUUAUCCCACAGGCCCGAAUUUACUUCAUCCUACCCUGGAGUCAGGUAACUCAGGCCAGGAUCUGAUGGAUUCGAGUAACUGGCCUGUCCACACAUCCAUGGGAUCGGUUCGCACUAAGAAUGGAUUAUUUAAAUCGAGCGGGGCAUCUAUUCCUGCAAGCAAGGGACCAGUUCACACGUGUACGGCGUCCAUCCCUGCUACCAUGGGACCAGUCCAUACAUGUACAACGGCCAUCCCUGCUACCAUGGGACCAGUCCAUACAUGUACGGCGGCCAUCCCUGCUACCAUGGGACCAGUCCAUACAUGUAUGGCGGCCAUUCCUGCUACUAUGGGACCAGUCCAUACAUGUAUGGCGUCCAUCCCUGCUACCAUGGGACCAGUUCAUACGAGUAUAGCAUCCGAUUCUGCAACCAUUGGACCAGUUUAUUCACAUAUGGGCUUAAUACCAUCUAGUCUGGCAUCAGCUCAACCCAAUCAAGGAUUAAUCUCACCGCGCGUUGGCCAAGCAGCUUCAGGCUACGGGAAUCGAGCUCUACUCGGCGCCGUCCUUCCUGAAGUUGACGAUAUCGUAGAGGAACCUGCCAGGGUGACAUCGAGCGCCUUGCUGUGGGGAGGCGAGGCGACGCAGGGAGGCGGAGGAUCAGCCGAGCCCCAGGGGCCUGGGGAAGAAGAGCUGGGCAGGUUCUGGGAGCUCCUCGACCCCGACACACAACCCAUCAUGCCCAUACCAGGAUGCCCAGAGUCACAGCAGAUCUUUGAAGAUCACAAGGAGAUGGCGCGCAAAUAUUUGGUGCUGCAGCAGGAGAUCUACAAUUUGUGCCAGCAGAAGAAGGAACUUUCUGACAUGGUUACCGAAGAGAAGAACAAGCAGCAGCUACGCCAGUCCCGUUACCAAGAAAAAAUCGCGCAACUGAAGCGAAAGCGGGAAAUUCUUCGCAACAACCAGUCGCGCUUAAGAGCUCAGCUCGACAAGAUCAAAGGAUCGGGGAGGGACACUUCGAGGGACGUGACUAUGAGUAACGCCAACCCCGCUACCGCUCGUCACCACCAUCACAUGGCGCAGCAAUACCAACCCUCAUCACCACACAGAUCAUCACACUACACGUCCACACAUCACAUGCCUACUGGAGGCGGUCAUCACCCAACACCACCGCCUCAAGCAGUGUCAUCACAUCCUAUGAUGUUGCCCAUGCAAGAUCCGUAUUAUCCUACACGACAAUCUAGACAACAAUUUCAACAGCAGCAACCAUUCCAACCACAACCACCACCACAACAGCCGUUGUUGUCACCCUCCUCCGGAGGAUACCUACACGCAACCUCCAUUUCAAGUUCCCCUGGCGUUAGUCUCAAUCCCCUGCCAGGUUCUCGUCAUUACUACGGCCAGCAGCAACAACACCGGCAUCACCAGCAGUAUAGCUCAGACCUCGCCUAUGCCAGUCCUCCUGAUUAAUCUCCCUUGCAAUCCCAUUCUUAAUUUCUGUGCUCUGAUGAACUUUCCAGUUUUUGACGUUUCAUGUGUUUUAGUAAAAUAAAUACGGUAUUGAUUUUAUGAAGACUAUUCUGUCAUCAGUUACAUGCUUGCCAAAAUAAUUUGGUUAAAUUUACACCUAAAGUUGUCAGAUCCGCGUCCUUUCCAUCUGGCACUUGGUUGUUGAUGACUGCGGACAUGUUUUUAGUAUUAUUAAUCACGUCUAUGACCUUAUAAUGCCAAUAUGACUGAGUUCUGGUGUUUUUAAUACAGGGGAGUAAGUCACGAUCUGGAAAAUUCGUUUGGCUCUUGGCUCCACUGCAAUGGGACAGGUUCGUGUUCCUUUUUCUACAAUUAAUCACAGAACUGUCUACUGUGCAUUUCUACUUGUAUAGUCAACUAAGACCUCUAUUAUUAAUGUUCGAGGUAGAUAUGCGAUCAGAGCAAAUCAUUCUAUACGUAUUUAUUUAUAUGAUUGCGCAUUUCUACUUGCAUAGUUAACUAAGACCUCUAUUCUCGAUUGCUGAUUGUGAAUUUUUUGUAGAAACGAGUAUUUAGCAAGCCCUUGUGCUGCUAGUGCAGGGAUGUGGCAGCUUUGGUUCUUUGUUAUGUCUAUUAUGUAGACUAGAUAAUUUAUUUUUGCAGCUCGCAGCCGAGUUGUCGUGAUCCUAGUCGUUAUAGUAAGUAGUGGUGGCUAUGAAGCUGAUGCUAUGCAAUCAAAUAAUCACCUGACCAUUGAUCAAACUUUCGUGUUGAUAAAGCUCCUCUGGUACGCGAACUUUCUUUUGCAAUUUAAUGCGAAAAAAUUGGUAGGUACUCGUUCUAGAUUAGUAGGUAUUUAGUGCAAUUCUCGUGCGUAAGAGAAAUUUUUAACAAUGGAUUGAACAUAAUAAAUCAAACUGUUGCUCGUGCGACUACUGCAUUGGAAGAUGACAAUAUUCCAUUAUCAUUACCGACGUCACCAAGAUGUGCCUAGCCUGUGUUCGAAUUACUACAUUAAUUGAAAUGGCUUAUGGCAUCCAAAUUAAUUUCGUUCAGGUAACUGUCGCUUUUGUCGUUUUGAUGUUUGACUGUACUUUUGGGACGUUUUAUCUUGCGUUGGUCUUCGAAGAAUCGAUACAAGAAAUGUAAAUAAGGACACUGAUCCAAAAAAGCAUUUAAUGAGGUCGAUUCUACCAAAAAGGUUACGAUUGUGCUUGUAUUUUGAUGUGCGAUCAAGACGCCUUUCCGGACUUGAACUGUAUUACAUUUAAACGUAAAAAUCUGUGUUGGAAAUGGAGGAGGCCUACUUUGCAAUAAGUUGUUCAUACACCCGCAACAGCGUCGGAAGAAUUACUCUGAUUAGUCGAAUGCUUCCUCCUGCUCGUUUGGGUUACCUGUAUAUUGCAACCCAAUCGUCUACAAUUAUUGGUACAGAUAUUAUUGUACACCUUGAUUAAAUAAUUGGGCAGAUGAAUAGAUACCAAAUUUUUUUACCGUCUUCUCAUUUUAGAGUUAGUGCAUAUUUCAGUCACGUGAUAAUUUCAACGCGUCCCAGCAAAUGGCGUUUUAACUUCAGGCAGGACAAAAAGUGAAAUAGGUAUUUCUGCAAUUAAAAAUGUGGGGAGAUAGCAUUGUACGGGUUAUAAGAGGUACGGUUGACUUUUAACAUAAGCACUAGCUGCAGUAAUUACAUUGUAUGCAGUUGGCAAAUAUUUGUAAUUCGAUCGCUUUCUUGUGGCAUACCCUCACUCCAACAAAGACAGUGCCUUCAGUUUGUUGAGCAUUUGAAUUUUAUUAAAAGAAUCUAAGUACG